AAACGUCCUUCUGAGAGUCGAGGGCGGUUGCAAAGCGCGCGACUUUCAUCUGUCGACAGGCUUCGACGCCGCGGUCCGAACGAGAGCCUUCAGUGCCUGACAUACCGCACCGACGUAAGCACGUCUACCACAAUACUACCUUAUAUUAUUAAUAUUUUCACACUGAAAGUUUGAAGUUAUGAACAUAACUUAAACUGGACUUAGUGCUCGUCUUUGUGCCUAAUGGUAUAUAUAAGUGAUUUGUGAAGGACUUUCAAUUGGACAGUGAGGAGAUUCUUAUGAUGAUAUCGAGGAUAUUUUUAGCAGCGUUAUGCUGCGCCUACGCCGCGGCACUGUCGCCGCUGGCGCCCCCACACGCGGUGGGCGACAGCGGGGACUGCGCCCUCUAUCUCAACGGGCCGGGCCGCACGUCAGCCUACGACUACAGCAUCAACCUACUCAAGGGCAACUUUGGGUACGAAGGACAGUCCAAUUGCAUCACAUACGAAGCUAUCAAUCAAGCUUAUCUCGAAGCCAGAAACAGAAUUUUGGUCUCACAACCGAAAGGCGAUUGGAAGGCUGAACACUUCGCGAGCGUCGGAGAGCUCAUACUCGACAUAUCCAUCAACUUGGCCCGAAGAUACGGUCUAACCUACGAAGAAAUCGAGAAGGGUCUGCCACUAAUCGAUACAUCCCGCACCCUCAUCCGAGAAGUAUGUCCCCCGGUGUUCUCGCACGUGGAGUGCCGCGCCGGCAAGUACAGGAGAUUCGAUGGACUCUGCAAUAACCUGCAGCACCCUACAUGGGGCGCUACUAUGGCGCCUUUCCAGAGAUUAAUAGGACCGCUUUUCGCUGACGGUAUCAACUCGCCGAGAAUUGCUCAUCAUGGAAAGGACUUGCCACUUUCUCGUGUGGUCUCCCGCACUAUGCAUCCUGAUGAAGGUUUUCACGACCACGCUGGUACCGUCAUGGUCAUCGCUUGGGGACAGUUCAUGGACCACGAUUACACUCUUACUGCGACUCCACUUGACCCUGUCAACCGUAACGACCCCGAGGAAUGUUGCAAGCGCCCCCCUCACCUGAAGCAUCCUUACUGCAACGAGAUCCGUAUCCCUGACGAUGACUACUUCUACCGUCUGUUUGGAGUGAAGUGCAUUGACUUCGUGCGAGGUUUCCCGUCGCCAAGGCCCGGCUGCCGUCUGGGUUCAAGGGUUCCUUUCAACACUCUGACUGGAACUAUUGACGGAAACACGGUGUAUGGUGUAACUGAGAAGUUUGCCAGAAAACUGAGGACAGGCUUCGGUGGUUUGUUGCGCAUGAACCCAGUCUUCAAAGAGUAUGGACUCAAGGACUUGCUGCCACUCAAACUUGACAUCCCUGAUGAAGGAUGCACCAGACCUAACAAGAACAUGUACUGCUUCGAAGCUGGUGAAAUCCGAGUAAACGAGCAAUUAGUUUUGACCGUGAUGCACACUUUAAUGGCCCGCGAACAUAACAGAGUAGCGAACGGGCUUGCCGAGGUCAACCCUCACUGGGACGAUGAGACACUGUUCCAAGAAGCGAGACGCAUCAACAUCGCCGAGAUACAACACAUUACCUACAACGAGUUCUUGCCCAUCCUACUCGGAAAGGACGUUAUGGAGAAGUUCGGUUUAGUGCUCGAGAAAGAGGGUUACUGGGACGGAUACGAUCCAGAAGUGAACCCUGACGUCAUCGCAUCGUUCGCUUCAGCUGCUUACCGAUUUGGACACUCACUGUUACCUACAGCUGUUGAAAGAUGGUCGAAGGCUCACAAAUUCAUCGCAUCGAAGAGACUGUCAGACCUCAUCCGUAGGCCUUACGACUUAUACAGAGCUGGUGUUCUUGAUGAAUACGUCAUGGGUCUGAUGAACCAGGUCGCUCAAGCUAUGGACGACUCCAUCACUCAGGAAGUGACAAACCAUCUCUUCAAGAAGGUUGGAGCUCGCUUCGGUAUGGACUUGGUGUCAUUCAACAUGCAGAGAGGUCGUGAGUUCGGUAUUCCCGGAUACAUGGAGUUCAGGAAGUUCUGCGGCCUUCCUCCGGCUGAAACCUUCCAAGACUUGUUUGGAUCUAUGCCCAACGCAACUGUGCAGAAAUACGAGACUAUCUUCGAUCAUCCCAUCGAUGUGGAUCUUUGGUCCGGUGGUGUGUCUGAGCGACCUCUCCCUGGUUCUAUGUUGGGGCCCACUUUUGCUUGCAUCAUCGCUACUCAAUUCUCUUACUCAAGACGAGGAGACAGAUUCUGGUUUGAGCUGCCCAACCAGCCAUCAUCGUUCACGCCUGAACAGUUAGCUGAAGUCAGGAAAGCACGUUUAGCGCGAGUCAUCUGUGAUAACACGGACAUCAUCGACACUGUUCAGCUUUACCCAUUCGUGUUGCCUGACCAUGAACUAAACCCUCGUGUACCAUGCAGAAGUGGUGUCAUUCCUUCAAUGGACUUCAGCAAGUGGGCCGAACCCGCGCCCUUCCACGGCGCCGGCGCCGCCAAGCAAUUCGUGAGUAGCUUCUCAUACGACCACUACGUGGGCAAGAAGUAGUCGCACCAGCACCUAGACUAGUGUUCACAUAGAUAGAGUAUUGUUGUAGUCAACGGUGUAACUGUACGCUGUUCAAGCUGGGUAUCCUCUCGCAAAUUCGGUGAUCCUAGAACCUACAUGUAACGCCGUUAAGAAAUAAUUUCACAUUUUCAUCGUAUUUAGGAAAGUAGAUUCAGUCAAAGUUUUUUUUCAAUAAGUUCUUCUUUUAUGGAUAUAAGUAGUAUUUGCGUAGAGGUUGCACAGCUUGAAUUUUUAACACAGACCACGAUAGUUUUGUAUACUUUCACAUGUUUGGUCUUCACUGUAUAAUGUAGAGAAGGUCUUUGUUAAAAUUUAUCCUAGACAGUUAUAGUGUAUUAUAGAAUUAAGUAUACGAAAGCACACGAUAGCUUUCGUUAGAUAGCUGCUAAUGUAAAAAUAAAAUGUCUGAUUAAUUCCAAGCUAUCUAACUUAAGUUAUCGUAGUGUUCCUUCAAGUCAUCUUUUUAAUAUAAACCCUAGUUUUCAUUUGGUUGUUGACAUUCUUCGUUCACACCAAAUGUGCCAAAAUAACGUCGAAGUGCAAUCUAUCAAUCACGCAUGUUAGCUUUAAGAAAAACUAUUUAUAAAUAGAAUAGGAACUUUGUACAAAAUCAUAGAUGAUGGCUUAGUCGAGCUAAUGUGCUUUUUAUUGCCAUAUAAUUAAGUAAAUGUAGUUUUGUUCGAAAAUACCUAUUCACAUUUUAUGUAGUAAUUAAAUAAGCACUUGUAGAAGUAGAAUUCAGUUAAUGCCUUCGUGGAGGUCGUCGGAACAAAAUGAAUGUUUGUCAAUUGCCAAUAUUUUGCAAAGGUACAAUAUUCUUCAAUGUUAAAAGGUACCUAGUGAUAGUUUUCUUCAUAUUUAACAGCCAACUCCUAAUCAUUUUGUGUGAGGCCUCCAGAAUAACCCAUUUAUUGCCGUAGUUAGUAGUACCUCAGUAUCAGCUGUAUUGUGUAAGUAGUAUUUGAUGUAGAAGAGUUUUUAUAUGUUCAAUCCAUAAGUAGUUUCCCAUUUUCCAUAAGUUCGUCAAACAUUAAAUAAAAAGUCAUAUGUUGAGCCCACAAUUUUUGGUGUAGUUGACCUGCAUCAUCUAGUCUGUCUGAAACCACGAUCGUUUUAAACCCUAUUUAGACAUCUACAUACUUACUAUCCAAACAAAAGUAACUAUCGCAUCACCAUCAUUCUUAUCGAUCUAACUUAAGGACAACAUCGCUUAAUGAGAUAUCGCCAAAAACAAAGUAUUUCUUAUAACUCUAUGAGGACGUUCAGAGGGUUGUAAACUGUAAACUCGCACUCAUGUAGAACGCUUGAAGUCACAUGCAUACAACAGUUGAUAUAGUCAAUCAGUAGAUGAAUAAAAUAAUUCAUUCGUAGCAUUUUAUCUUCAUCAAACCCGGUGGAAAUGUAUGUACCUAAAUCAGUUUUGUUACUUUUUAUUUAUUUUUAGUGCAAGUUAAUGUUUAAUUUGUAAUUAUGCAUGGUUAAGUUGUAGUAGAUUGUGUAAAUACAAGUAUGUUGUAAUAAAUGUUAGCAUAAA